GAAAAAGACUGCAUCGACCUAUCUUGUAAAGAUUUUAUUUAAGAAGGAAAAGAAUACUAUCCAGGAAUGCCAAUUCCUGGUAUUUCUGCAUAUGAUGGUGCACAAAUGGACAGCACCAUAAGCAUAAGAAGAGAAACCAGGGGUAAUAAUGCAAACAAUCUAGUGUGGGCAGUAUAUUUACAAGACAAGUUAGUGGGUCAUUGGCCUGCAAUUCUUUUCCACGACUUGACAUUUUAUGGGAAUUUGGCCCAAAUUGGAGGACAAGUAGUGAUAAGAUCUGGCAAGCGAGGAACUCCGUUUCCCAAGACGGAAAUGGGUAGUGGAGACUUCGCUAGAAAAGGUUUUAAGAAAGCAGCUUUUGUCAGGAACAUACGAUUGUUUACUAAUAAUGGUGCUCUUAUAACUGAUAGAAAAACGAAUUACUUCCUAAGUAAAAGACAUUGUUAUGGUAUAAAAGGAUAUGUGAAACAAGAUGACUAUUGGGGGCAUCAUAUAUAUUAUGGAGGUCCUGGAGGUAAUGCUGGUUAUUGUACGUAUUGAAAUACUUUUGCCCCAAAGCAUGAAUGAUAUGAAGCCGAGUGUGUGAGCUGCACAGCAGCAGAGAAAUAAAAUAUAUGCACUUAAAUGUACUUUCUGGUGUAUUUGAAUCGUGUAUCUUUUUCUUCGAA